UUUCCUUUUCCUUUUCCUUUUCCUCUUCCUGCUUCUUUUUUUCUUUUUUCUUUUCUUCUUUUCUUUGUUUCUCUUUCUUUCUUCAAAUCCAAUUUAGAUAACUACUUUCCUUUUCUCUGCUAUAAAUAAUUAAAAAGUAAUUAUCCUUAAUUGAAUUUCUCCUCCUCUUAUAUCAUCCUCCCAAGAAAGACCUCAAAGAGACUUAAAGACAAGACUUAAAGUAAAGACUUAAAGAUAAGACUUAAAGAAUAACUACAUUUAAUAUCCAAUCAAGUUAAUUAACACUAUUUUUAUUUUCCAUCUAUUCAUUCCACCUCCCAAUCACCCAAUCACCCAAUUUAUUCAAUCACCUAAUUUAUUUAUCAUCCUAUUAAUAAUAUAUCUACAAUGCUGGCAAUUGCCCAACAAACCCCACAGACCUCUUUCAAAUCAAUAGCCUCUGGUCUCGUCAACAGAAUAAGCUCCCUAUUGUCUGUACAAACUUCCUAUUCAAUUGCUGAAACUGAAUCUGAUCCUAUCUUCAUAUCAACAAGAAAAAACUUGCUUUCCUUAGCAACAACUCCUGUUUUCCCUGAUUUACUCGACGCAUGCAUCAAUCUCCUAGACUCCUACAACAAACAAGAUAAAUACCUCCCUAUCAAAAAGAGAUCUGACGAAUCCCUCAAAUGCAUCUCGAUAAUAACAACUCUACUAUCAGACAUCACCGAGAAAAACUGGUCUGCAAAAGAAAACCAUGGCUUGUCCAUUGUCAACUCCCAAUCAACAUCUUCUACCUCUGGUUCUGAUAAAGAUAUACCUCAUACUGUCAAAGCUGACGCCUUAAACACUGCCUGUGUUGCAAAAUACUUGAAUGUUUUGAUAAAACUAAAAUCAAACAAAACUGUCAAAAGUGAGCUAGAGAUAAUCGAGGGCGUUUCCUCCCAAUUGGAGUACUUCAACUCAAAAUUCAUCAUAGGUGAUAUCGACUACAGUGUCACUGCUAUAAUAAGAUACAUUGGCUCCUCUAACCAAUUGGAUUUCUCAGAUUUUGUCAUGAACUCAAUAGGCAAUCUAAAACCACAGUCCCAUGUAAAAGAUGCUGAUUGCUUGCCCUAUUUCGAGCUAAUCGGUUAUAUAUAUCUUGAUGAAACAUACUUGUUAAGAAUAUUCAAAGAUGCUUGGAUUCUAUUCAAUCUCGUCAAAUCCCCAAUUUUACAACAAUUGGCCCUAGCUUUUUUCGUUAAAGCUAUAAGAUACUGGUUAACUGCUAGACCAGAGGAGUAUUUAUCCUGCACAAGAGGCGAUCAAAUCAUUGUCAGAGAAUCUGAAAAUCUAUUUGAUUACGUUUAUUCGUCCUUUUACAAUGGAAAGAACUCAAGAGUCGCCGUAAGACUAUUGACCACUUUGAUCAUCUUGAUCCCCAAAUCCUUUGAAAACUACAACAAUUCCUCCAAGGCAAAAUUACUAUUAACCUCAAACACCUUUAAUAAAAAACAAAAGUUUUUGUCAACGAUGGUUAAAAAUUUAAACCAAAUCACCAAAGAUCCUCCUCCAAUAAUCUCAAUUAAUGAUACUACUACAACUAAUGCUACCGAUGAAAUUGUAAAUGUUGAGAGUUUUACAACGUUCUUCAGUUUUGCUGGUCUCCUAUAUAGAUAUGAACCAAAUCACUCAUUAGUCACCUUUGCACUAAACUACAACGACUGUUUAUUUGAUCUUUUGCAUCCUGCUUAUCGUGACACCUCAGAUUGCAUUGACAAUUCACUAUAUGACACCUUGAGAAGAGACUAUUAUACUGCCUCGAUAUUGCUUUUCCCUGAAAAAGCUAUUCACGAUGUUUUUUCAGUGUUUAACGAUCCCAACAGUAGUUUGACUCAAAUUUAUAGCUACAUGUCAAAUAUCAGGACUUUCAGUAAAAAUCCUCGUGCUAGAGAGCAGUUCGAAGCAUUUUUGGACCAAAUUGUUAUCUCUUUGAGAAAUUCUGCUCUAAGAGUCUCUGAUAUAGUUAAAGAUACGGUUUUUGAUUUUGAAUCAAUGGUAAGCUCUUCAAACUCAGACAACUCUAAUAGUGAUUUUAAUUAUUCCAUGACAUAUUCUAGUGGGAAAACUAUAUCCCAACAUAGCAAUCCUUCUUCCUAUGGUGUGGAUGGCCAAAACAUGAAAUUAAAUGGCAAUCUUUUAUCAUCAAGCAAUAGUAUCUCAAACUUUUCAAUGACCAGUGGUGGUUCUAAUCAUUCAAACAAGGCUAAUUUUAUUCUUUCAUCCAGUUCUCCAGCUUCUUCCAUCCCUCCUUUGAGAAAAGAUGCUUCAAAUGUAACAAAUGGCAAUGGUAUUUCCAAUGGUGUCAAUGGUGGUUCAAAAUCGAGAUCUAAAAAGGAAGCUGCAAGACACUUGUUCAAAUAUGAUAAACAUGACAAAAGAUCCUCAAGUUCUAAUCAGCCAAAAUCUCCUUUCUCUCCACCUCCUUCUACAUUAUCAAGCUCGGCUACCAUUGGAACCGGAGCCUCAUCCAAUUAUUCGGGCAGUUAUGGUUUAUCUGCAUCUACAACUGUCAAUACUGCAACACCUUCAACGGUGGAUUCAAUAGUGAGUGCAAACACACAACUAGAUAUGAGAAAAGCAGAGGCCUCUGAAUACCGUAGAAGGAGAGCUAACCCAACUUUGAUUUCAAGAGAAAUCUUGAAAGAAUUUUUAGGUAUAUUCAGACCUUGUCCAUUUAAAUUCUUUAAAACAGAAAAGUCCAAUUUUUCGAAUUUUACAUCUAAUUCCAAUGAACAAGUAGUUGCUGCACAGGAAUCAGGUUUCUUAUUAACUGAAAUGGACGAUUACUUACAGAUUGCAACAAUUGCUAUUUGUGACACCAACACCAAGUUAGUUGAAAUGGGAAGAAGAUUUUGUUUAAGAUUCAUGAACUUGGACGAUAGCCCAUCCUACUAUCAAAUUUAUAGUGGGUUUUUCUCUUCUGGUUGGUGUAUUAGAUCGCUUUCUAGGUCUCUAUUAAAUUACAGAUUAACCGACAAAAAACUAAAAGAAUUAUUGGCCAUAAUAGUCCAGUUUAUUGACUACAGAAACGCUAUAGUUGAACAAAUGAAUGUUGAUGAUUUAUUUGAUAAUAUUGGCAGUGGUGCUCAUGGCUUUUGCAAGUCAUUGUAUACUGAAUUGGAAAAAAUCAUUUAUAUAUGUCUCUGUUCACCAGAUGUUGAUAUUUAUAGAUUGGUCAAAAAAACAGCUAAGGUUAUGAUUGAUGAAUUGAAUUCUGGGUACAGACACCAUAAAAUUAUUAGAGAAGAGUCUAAUGAAUUGUUUUUGAGUAGAAUAGGUAAUGAUGACUAUUUUGUUAGUGGUGCUGUUGCAUUGCAAAAAAGAAUUAGAAAGUUUUUGCUUCAAUAUGGCAAUAAAUUAUCAGUUGGUUUACAAGAAUGUUUGGAUAUCAUGUAUGAGAGAUGGCUUGAACACACAAAGAUCAAAUCUCCCAGCAAAAUAGACAUUAUAGAACAUCGUAAUUAUUCUGGGUUUAUUGCUGUUACUUCUGGUCUUGUAUUGGAUUCAGAAGCUGACUCUUCAAGCACUCUGAAGGACAAAGGUUAUGUUAAAAGUUUAAUUAACAGAAAAAUGGACAUGCUAGCAAGCGAUGAUUUAACGAUGAAAGAAAAUGCCAAAGAUGUUUUAUCAUCAGAAUUGCAUCCUUCUUCUCAAAGAAUACUUUUAGAAAUGAUUGAAGAAAAAGUAAAUAAAUUUUCCUACAAAAAGGGUGAAUUGGAUGAAAGCGAGUUAUCAUUAGUUGAAUGUUAUGUUAUCAUUAUAAAAGGCUGCAUGGCUUCUGGAAAUAAAUUGAGGAACUUUGAAAAUUCUGACAAGUUUAUCUGGAUAUCCAAUUCUGCUUGUGCUUUGAUUGAUGCCCAGCAAGCUUCCCAGCAAGUCGACACCAUUGUAUUAAGGCUAAUGGUAAGAGCCUGUCGAUUGUUCCAAAGACUUAUGCUAUAUAGGGAGCAGCUUUGCUUAAGAGCUGGUAUGAUUAAGGUUGAGUACUUAAAUUAUGCUGUCAGUUGGCUAGAAGAAUCAGUAUUUAGAGAUAAAUAUAAGUCUAGAAGCAAAGACAAAGCAGACGAGAAUUCAAGAAGCAAAAAAGAAAUGGAGUAUCUUUUUUCUGAUCUUUCUGUGGAAUCCAGCAAAGCGAUUGCUGUCCUACUAGAAGGCAUGGUAUUGGAAUCCCCAAGUGCUCAGCAUCCCAGAGAGUUUAUUGUGGCCAGAGCUUUUUCUUUCAACAACUACUUUACAUUGUUUUUAAGAGUAUUGGAGCGUUUUUCUGCUAGAGCUGGUUCUAAAGACAUGUUUUCUGUGUCCAAACAAAAAGCCGGUAUAAUUAUGGAGCAAAUGAUCAAUUCUCUAAGUAAUAUGCUUGGUCGCAACCAUCGUUGGGGUAUGCAAUUCGCUAUUCCUCUUGGUUUCCACGAAGACCACAGAGUUCGUUUGUCGUUUUUAAAGGUUUUUAACAAUGUUAUAAAGUCUCUUCACGAAGAGACAAAUGAAACUCAGGAAUCAAAAGAGGAAUAUUAUUUAGAUGCAACCAAAGUCCUUUUAAGCUCUAAAAUAUUUCUUUUAGUCUGCUCUGAUGCCUGUCCUUCUUCUGAAGUUGAUUCGUAUUCUAAAUCAUUAUUGUCUUGGAAUGAGUCUAUUGGAAAUUCUGUGAUUUGCAUUAAUGAUUUCAUUUCAUGGGAAAUUAAAAAGUCCUCCUCUAUUGUGGAUAUUCUCAGAAGAAAUAUUGUACCAAGUAGAGUCCUAUCGAUGUAUGCUAAAGAUCAUGGUUCUGCAUAUCUUAUUGAGACGUUGCGUCCAGUUCUUAAUGGUUUAGUAAAAAAUAAUGAUUUCUUUGAAGUUGAAAAAAUACAGCCAGGAGAACCUGGUGCUGAACAAAAUCUUAAUAAGUUCAUGUACUACCUAAAGAAGUUGGUGGAAGAUAUUUAUAAUUCUAUUGACAUAGUUCCCCUUGAGUUCAAAUCAAUUUGCGCUCAUAUGAGAAAAGAAGCUGCUAAAAAGGCAACAGAAACUACUGCUAUUGUUUUAGUUGGUUCUUUUAUGUUUUUGCGUUUUUUGUGUCCAGCUGUUGUCAGUCCAGAGUCUGAAAAUUUAUUGGAUUCUCCACCAAAUAAACAAAGCAAGAGAUCUUUGAUUUUAUUAGCCAAAGUACUUCAAAAUAUUGCCAAUGGUUCUUUAACUUCGUUAAAAUGGCCGUUGUUGCUAAGCAGAAUGGAUGAGCUUAAUAAACUAAAUGAUAAAAUUUUCAAAUUCUUGCGAUUAAUCUCCAAAGACAAUGGAUAUCAAGAAAAGUUUGAUAUCUCUAGUAUUAAGCUUUAUUUACCAUUAGAUUAUCACAAAUUUUGCUAUCGUCAUAUGCAAGAAAUUAGACAUAACGUUCUUGAUUACAAGAAUGACUAUGGAGUUCCUCUUGAAGAAAAAUACAAACUUAUAAACAAACUUGACGAGUUUGCUUUGAAAAUUGGUCCUCCUAUUGAUUUAUAUUACUGUCGUAUACCAGAAAAUAUCAAACAUAACGAUACCAAAAAUGAACUAUAUGAUUUCAUGAAUAAACAUGCUGAUGCAAAUAUUGAUGUUAUUGUGGAUAGUCCAUUUCUUCAACAAAAAAUUGCUAGAGAUGGAACUCCAAUGUUGGUUUUCUCAUACUUUUAUUACCAACAAUUAGAUAUUGAUCAAGAACUAAUUCUUUUUAGAAUGUUUCAACUUGCAAGCAGAGUUUGGGACAGCAAAUAUUAUGUUGUUGUGGAUUGCUCUCGUUUUAAAAAAGAUCACUCGAUUCCUUUAUUUGAAGAAAUGGAAUUAUUGGCACCUGAACCAAUGAAAAAGAAUUGUGUCAGUAUGUUCUAUUACAAUGUUUGUGAUGGGUAUCUCCCAAUCUUGGUUGAAAACAUCAAACAACGUGAAAAGGGUGGUUUGUUCAACCCAUUUAACGUUCGUUACUCAUUCUUAUCGAUGUUUGAUGAUCCACGUCUUAUUCAUACAUUGGGUUUAUCGAAACACAGUUUGAAUAUUUUAAAUCAAGUUAGAAUCACCUUUACUGAUUUUGAAAUGUACCUGCCAGAGCAAAAGAAAUACUUUCCUGGUAUAAUCAAGGUUGGAGGUAAGUAUACAUCAUUUGGAUUGGCUCAUCCAAGAAGAUUAAAAAUUGCUGGUUCAAUUAAAAGUGUGAGAGUUGUGAAUGUUCGUCGUGAUAUUUGUUUUGCUGAAUCUUCUUUAAGUCACUAUACUGAUAAUCCUUAUGAGUUUAGUUUAUAUGAUAAUGUUGAUAAAAAACAAUUGAUUUUUGCUUGUCCUAGAAGAUUUGAAUUGAUCAGAACUGUUUAUAUUUCAAAACUUUCAAAAAACAACAAGUCUUUGGAUAACUUGGAUACUAUUCAAGAACUUCAACCUAUUGAAUUGUUGCCUGAGGUGCUAUGUAUUGACUUCCUUGGUAUUCUUUCUCGUUCAUCUGAUAUUCGUACUUCAUGUUAUGAUUUAUUAGCCUCAUCCGUUGAGUGCUUCUCAUUAAACAUAAGCAAAAGAAUCCGAAAUUCAGAAGUUAUUUUAUUUCCUAAAGAUAACCUUGCUUUUGUCACCUCUGUUUCUAAAAGUCUAGCUUUAUAUCAUCCAGAACUUACUUACUAUUUCAUUCAUUAUUUUUUUACUGCUUACAAAAGUAGUGACAGUCAAAAAUUUAAUUGUAUAAUGUUCAUAUCCCCUUGGAUAAAGAAUAUUUAUGAUCACAUAUUUUUAUCCAAUGAGUUUGGUAAAGAAAAGGGGCUUGAAAUUGUAAAAGAGAUUGUGGAGGUUGCGCCAAUUGAUGAUAUAACUAUUGGUGCUUUUACAGAGUACAUCUGGAAAUAUUUAACUGAUGAUGAUAGAAUUGCUGAAUAUCUUGUCGAGGAGAUUGUCAACAGAGCAUUAAAUCGUGAAGCUGAGUAUGGUGAUUGUGAGAAUGUUAUUGCUUUGCUUUCUUUGUACCCUUCAAUAGAAGUAUGUGGACAGGUUAUCCAGCAAAUUAAAGAGAUCAUCUACAUACCUUUAUUACUGGUUGAUACUGAAAUUCACAUUGAAUAUUGCUGGAUCAAAUUAACAGUCUUGGUAAAAUGUUGUGUUUCUCUAUUCUUUGAGUGUACUAAAGGAACUCUUCAAUUUUUCCCAGAUCUUGUGCACAUAUUGUCAAUGUUGAUUGAUCUAGGACCUCAUGAUUUGAGAGUUUCUUUGAACAGUUUGUCUAUUAAUAUUAUCCAUUCUCUAUUACUUAACCAAAAAGACUUUUCUGAAGCUGCAGUAUCCAAAUUGGAAGAAAUUGACCAAAAGAUAUCAGGCCCUUCUGCCAAAACUCUAUUUGGUUUGUUCAGAAGUGGUAAGGACAUGAACAGUCCUCUUCCUUAUGAUCCAACAAGAAUAUAUGGUAAAGUUCUUUCUUUAGAGUCUGUUAUUGAUGGAUUUGUUGAUUUCAUUCGUGUUGCGCCAGUGGAAUAUUCGACUGUUUGGAACAUAAGGUGGUACGCCUAUACCAUGGAUUGUGCCUUUAAAACUAAUUCUCUAAUUCUUGCUCGUGCCAUUAUUUGUGGUGGGCUUCUUUGCAAGAGAGAUGCUGAAGAUCCUUUAGUUUUGAAAUUUAUUAUUUUGGCACUUAAAUUGUUCAAGAAGUACGACACUUCGACUGAAGAUGGUAUGGUCAUUUUAGCCUCAUGUCUCUUUGCAAUUAGUAGACUUGUCGAUGGUCUUUCGCCCUCUUCGAUCUUCCACACCAGAUUGUUUUGGCUUGGUGCAGCUAUUACUACUUCUGCUAAUGUUGUCUUGUAUCAGGGUUCUAUCAAAAUUCUAGGAAGAAGUCUUGAUUCCAUGGAAAGAACCAACGGAUUCAGUGACAACAGAGUGAUUGAAAGAAUUAUGGGUGACAAAAAGAUAUUUGGAGAUAGUUUUGUUAAAUACGAGUCUCUCGGUAACAUUGUUGUCUCAGAAAAGAACUUUGAUGUUGCCAUGUUGCAUCGAAUAAUCAGAGGAUUGCGAUUGCCAUAUUUGAGGGAAGCUGCCUUUCAUGUUUUGCAGAUCUUUUUUAGAGUAAGAACAGUUCAUGCAAUACUGGCCUCCAAACAAGGCUCUCCAUAUGACUCCAAUUCUGUCAGCUAUCUAUUGAUGUUAUACAUGCUCUCAAGAUCGAAUAACGAAUUAAAGGGAAUAAUGAAGGCAGCAGGAUUGGACCCCAACAACACAAUUUUCCUCAGUGAAAGCGUUGAAGUCCCAAGAAUAUUAGUUGACUAUCUAUUAACUGGUAUUCCUGAGGCAAUGUUUGUCUUGCUACAAGGUGCUCUUUAUUUUGCCUCAACAACCGACGAUUACAACGUCAAGAACCGUUUCUUGCUUUUGUUCUAUUAUAUUGGCAAGAAAGACCAUGAUAUACUAUUUUCCUGCUACUUGGAUAUCAAGGAGCAAUUGCAGAAGGAAAUUGUUGCAACAACCACUCCUUUCCAUGUUUUGCAACUUUGCUAUGAUUUGAUUGCUCUUGCAGCUCAUAGUCCUGAAUAUCCCAACCAAGAAAGACACAAAAAUGCUAUUGAUUCAUUAUUGGUUGAAUACAAUCUUUUGGGUAUUAGAAAUUGGGCCUUCUCUUCUCCUGAUCCUUUCAAAGAAUCGAAAGCUGAAGACAUGUAUGACAGACUUAAAUAUGUUCAGGUUUUCUGUACUGAUGCAUUUAUGACAAUUAAACCAGAACAACUUAAGUGAGCUCUUUUCCGAUUAGUUUGGGUUUUUUAUUUACUUUUGGCAGUGUUUAAUGAGAGACGAUAUAAGCUUGAUAUUUUGUGACAUUGGUAAUGUUUAUUUGAAUUUUUCGAGCUGUUGACUAUUUUGAUUUUUUGAUUUUAUUUUACUUUUUACCUUUCUAUUUUUUUCCUUUUAGUUUACUGUGUUUUUGUCUGAAUUUGACACUUCUCUAUUCUUGAAAUAGAGUAUUUUAUUGCUGUUUAUAUUUCAAUUAGUUUUUUAAUAGUUUUGUUUUUCAAUUUUAUUGUUUUCUUUUUGAUGAACAUAAUAUUUAAAUUUAUAAGUUUAUAAAUUUUAGUUUUUAGUCUCCAC